CUGCCUGUCAAAAGCCAGUUUUCUCUCCUGCACCAAACGAUUACUCAUCAUUGUUUUGCGUUUAAAGGACCAGUAAAUAAUUAGUUGAUAUUUCUCUCCCGUUUACUCUGUUCGACGCGCGAUGGCGACCAACUUUCCGGCCGUUUCGCCGGUGAUGAAACCGAUUCAGCAUUACCUCAAGACGGCACAGGAGCACGAUGGGCGCGAUCCGAUCGUCGCCUACUGGUGUCGUUUGUAUGCGCUCCAGACGGGACUAAAGAUCCCGCAGCAGAGCCCCGACGAUCGCAAGCUGCUGCUCGCUAUCAUGGACUGGCUGGAAAAGACCAAGACCCAGAUGGCGGAUAACGAGUCGAUCACGCAUGAAGUGGCGGCCCAGGCGUACCUGGAGAACUACGCCUUGAAGCUGUUCUUGUACGCGGACAAGCAGGAUCGGGCCGCCAACUUUGGCAAGAACGUCGUGAAAGCCUUCUACACGGCCGGCAUGAUCUAUGACGUGUGUCUCAUCUUUGGCGAGCUGACCGAGGAGGUAACACAGAACCGCAAGUACGCCAAAUGGAAGGCCUCGUACAUUCACAACUGCCUGAAGAACGGAGAAACGCCCGUCGCUGGACCACUGCCGAUGGAAGACGACACGGAUGAGCUGGCGAACGAGCUGGCAAAGCUGGGACCAGCACCAGGGCCGGCACCUGGACCAGCGGUUGCCCCACAACCACAGCCCGGACCGAGCCAUGUCGGAUUUCAACCAACACCGCCACCAACCGCUGGUGGGGGAACCAACAAUUCGAUCGAAAUCGAUCAUUCGGAUCCGUUCAGCAAACUGAAGGCCCCGACACCGCCGAGUGAACCGGAGAAAUCCCCCGGUGGCUUCGUACCGUAUACCGGUGGUUCCACCUUCGAUACACUGAAGGUCGUCAAUCCGUCCGGUGUGCAGCUGCUGCCGGAACAGGUCGUCAAGGCGCAAAAAUAUUGUCGCUGGGCCGAAAGUGCCUUAAACUAUGAUGACGUCGGUACGUCGAUCACAAAUCUUCAAAAAGCGCUUCGUUUACUGCAGACAGGCAAGGACGAAUAGCUCCACUCAGGCACUCGAGGGGGUGCUCGUCCCAUUAAUCCCAUUUUGUUGUGCUGCUACUCAGUUACUAACCUUAAUCUGCUUCUAUAUGUUACUGUAAUAAUAUAAACUAUAUAACGAUAAUAAACACGUACCAUUGACGAGGUACUGGAACGAAUUGGCGU